AAGUGGAGAGUAUUUGUUGUUUUCUUUGAUUCUUUCUUUACACAGGGUUCCUGGAGUUUUAUUUGAUUAAGUAAAGUAUUUUUAGGCUUUAUUUCAAUCAAUUGCAGUUUAAUUAUUCACUUGUUUUUCCAUUUGAAGCUGUAGUUUUUGAGCAAUUCUUUAUUUGUUUUGUCAUUAGACUAAAUUUGGGUUUACCUUUUCUGAGCUGCGAAUAUGCUAAUGAUUGGCUUCAUUUGUUGACAUCCAUCUAGUGCUUUUUUCUUAUGCGGAACAAUAUUUUUCUUGUUCCAAGAUUAUAUAGUUUAGUUUCCAGCUCAUGCAUUGGCCAGACAAUUUAGCUUUACCUCCUUAGCUGAGUGUUAUUGAAUUUGUGAUAUAAUGCUUUGUACUCCCAUUUCUUGAUUUGCAGUUUGAGCUUGCUGCACCUAUAAGUUGUAGUCGAGAGAGCGUUUGGUCCGGCUAUAUAGUUGGGAGUCAGUGUAGUUUGGGCCUGAACUUUCACUGUCAGAUUGGUAGUAUGUGGUGUAUCUUUGUGCCGUUUGCUAGUGGGAGAUGGAAGAAGUUUUGCCUUGAUUUGUAUUUGAAGAUUGCUUAGAUGACGAGUACUGUUUGCUAGUGGGAGAUGGAAGACGUUUGCCUGGAUUUGUGUUUGAAGAUUGCUUAGAUGAUUAGUGUUGAAUAGGGUUAUUAUCAUUACAGCCUCAAUGGGCGGUUUUUGUUCGAGAAGAGCCACUGAUGAGACUACGUUGGGUGGUGCACUUCCUCAUGUUAAUGGACGCUUCAGUUACGGACCUGGAAUAGUUUAUCAACCGACCGAGGGAACCAUUCUCCUUUCCAGAGUUGAGUUCUGUUCCUCAUGAGACAAAUAUGGAUGAUAUCAAUGAUGGAAUACCUCGGUUGUCUAGGGUUUUAUCUGAUAAAUCGAGACCAACAAGAACAAAACAGGUUGCAUUGACGAAGGUCUCAGAAAUGAGUUCACGUCUUGGCAGAGCAGGCCAUGCCGGCCUCGAGAAAGCAGUUGAUGUGUUGGAUACUCUUGGCAGUAGCAUGACUACUUUGAAUCUUAGCAGUGGUUUUGCAUCGGGGUUAACUACAAAAGGAAUCAAGAUAUCAAUAUUGGCUUUUGAAGUUGCGAAUACCAUUGUUAAAGGUGCCAAUCUGAUGAAUUCACUUUCGGAAGAGAAUAUUAGGCAUUUGAAGGAGGUGGUACUCCCUUCUGAGGGUAUACAGCGUCUAACAUCGAGGGAUAUGGGUGAACUCCUAAGAGUCGCUGCAGCUGACAAGAGGGAUGAAUUGAAAGUCUUCUCUGGUGAGGUGAUUCGCUUUGGGAAUCGGUGCAAGGAUCCUCAUUGGCACAACUUGGACCGUUACUUUGAGAAGUUGGAGUUAGAACUCACACCUCACAAAAAAUUGAAAGAAGAAGCAGAAUGUGUGAUUCAACAUUUGAUGGUAUUAGUUCAGAACACUGCUGAACUAUACCAUGAAAUGCAUGCAUUAGACAGAUUUGAACAAGACUGCCGGCGCAAAGCUCAAGAAGAGGAUAACUCAAAUGCUGCACACAGAGGAGACAGCCUUGCAGUUCUAUGUGCAGAGCUGAAGAGUCUAAAGAAGCACGUAAAGAAUUUGAAAAAGAAGUCUCUAUGGUCCAAGAUAUUGGAGGCGGUGAUGGAGAAGCUUGUGGACAUCGUCCAUUAUCUACGUUUGGAGAUCCAUUCUGCAUUUGGUUCCAGUGAUGGAUACAAGCCAACGAAAGACCACCGCCAAAAGCUGGGAUCUGCUGGACUUGCACUCCACUAUGCAAAUAUCAUAACCCAGAUUGAUACACUUGUCACUAGAUCAGGAUCAGUGCUGCCAAGUACAAGAGAUGCUUUAUACCAGGGACUGCCACCAACUAUGAAAUGUGCUUUGCGUUCUAGACUGCAAUCUUUUCAACUCAGUGAAGAGUUUACUGUCCCAAAAAUCAAAGAAGAAAUGGAGAAAACUCUUCAUUGGCUGGUGCCUCUGGCCACUAAUACAACAAAGGCUCACCACGGCUUUGGUUGGGUAGGUGAAUGGGCAAAUGCAGGAUCCGAGAUGAACCACAAACUUGAUGGCCAGAUGGAUUUGCUCCGCAUCGAAACUCUUUAUCACGCGGACAAGGAGAAAACGGAAGCUUACAUUCUUGAUAUGAUAUUAUGGCUGCAUCACCUCAUCAGCCAAUCAAGGGCUGCAAAUGGUGGGCUAAGAUCGCCCGGCAAGUCCCCAAUCAGGUCCCCUAACCAGAGAAUGCUACAGCUUUCGAGCCAGAAACCGAGCUCACCGUCCUCAACGCUGUCAGUCGAGGACCAGGAGAUGCUCCAGGACGUUAGCAAACGGAAGCUGACUCCCGGAAUAAGCAAGAGCCAAGAAUUCAACACAUCAAGAACCAGUCUUUCCAAGCACCACAGGCUAACCAAGAGCAACAGCCAUUCUCCAAUACAUGAAACCAAGAGGGAUCCUUUCCCGAUCAGGAGGCCGUCUUCGGUCCCGAUAAUCAACUUCGACAUCGACCGGAUCAAGGCAUUAGACAUGAUCGAUAGAGUCGAUACAAUUUGAAGCCUGAACGCGUUAUGAAAUAGGCAUGUUUUCGUGAUGCAUGUCCCCGGCCCCAGCUCAUCCACGAGCUCAUCUCUUUAAAAAGCCGCACAUGGUGGGUGGGAGGAGGAGACGUUGCAGCGCGUGUUGUACAUGGAGAGUUAUAUCUUAGGAAUAUACUGGUUUUCCCCGUGAGAUCGAGAAGACGGGCAAGCUCGGACUAUGUUUGACCGGCGUUGGGUCGGUUCAGGUACGAGUGAGUGCUCAUGGGGGUGUAGUUUUCACUUUUCAUCAGUAUGUGUACAGAAUGAGGUAUACAUGGUUAUGUCUGAGUUCCAUUGCUGCCCUUCUAAAUGGAUCAAGUUAAUGUUUGUGUAGGGGUGGAAUCGUAAUUUUAGCACUGAUCGAGUAUAGAACCGAAUUUCUCGAUUGAUUUUUUUUCUGUAAAAGAAUUUAGUUUUCCGUCCA